AAUGAUAUAAUAUUUAAUUUUUCCAUGUUCAAAUCUAUUACUUUUAUUUCAGAUUUGUAUGAUGAAAGUUGUCUUAUAGAAAAUCCUUACUUCUAUGUUGCUGAUAUGGAAUGUUGGCCAUGUGAAAAUGUUAAUACAGUUUUAAAUAUCACAGAAGUUGAAGAUGGGUUGCUCAAGUCUGGAUCAGGCACACCGUUCAUGAUAAAGACUGACCAGCAAAAAGUCACUCUACAAAUACUACAGAAAAUGUAUGAAAAGAACAUGGAGGUAAUGGAAUCUGAAGCUAGAAGAGUCAAAUCCAGUAACUCUUCAAUCAGCAGUCUCAAAGAUUUAUUCUCUAAUAGUGAAUUGCCCUCCAAAACCCAUAUCUCGUGGCGUAUAACAAAAAUGAAACCAGCCAGACUCAUAAGACAAAUAUUUCGCAAGCCAUCUUUUUUACCUGAUCGUUCAGGUCAAAGUGUUGAAAGAUUUCUUAUGUUCGACGGAAAUGAAGCAGAGCCAUAUGAGUUACCAAAUACAGAAUGCAGCUACGUAUUUUUGAUACAAGCUUCAGGAGAGAGGAGCAUUAUACUGAAACCGUCUCGGGAAUGUGCUAGUAAAUGCCGUACUGUGUCAGUUUCACUGAAACCAUCUUAUGUCUUGUGGUACAACUGGUGGUACUGGAGACCAAUUAGUCUUCCAACAAAGAACUCAAGUGAACCUUCCAUAACUUAUAUCAACUCCUACUGUUGAACUCACAAAAAUCCGUCAUAAUGUUCUAUCAACAUAUUUAUCUGAAAUAAAAGUCUGAUUUUAGCUGA